ACUGAUAAAUUUAUAAAUUUUUUAUGCACAACACCUUAUGAUUUAGGGGAAAUUCAAAACCCUAUGUGGCUCAAUCUUCCCCAUUUUCCAAUCUCCAUUGCUGAAUUGGUUGUUUCCCCAUUUCAGUAAACACACCAAAUCUUACACUUUCUCUGUUGGUCGUCAUCAGCAGCAGCAAGAGUUAAUUUUCAUGUUACUUUCUAAUGUUUGAGCAACAAAAUAACUAAUUACGGCCUUCUCUUUUUACCUUUUCAACCAUCCAACUAAAAAAGGUUUGGGAUGGCAACAAAAUCAGAGAGAUUUUCUUCUGAUUUUGUAAUGGGAGGUACAGCUGCCAUAAUAUCAAAAAGCGCAGCAGCACCGCUCGAUAGAGUAAAGCUUUUACUACAAAAUCAAGGAGAAUUAUUGAAAAGAGGUCAACUCAAAAAACCGUAUACAGGGGUCAGCGAUUGCUUCAAACGGGUCUUCAAAGAAGAAGGCUUUUUCUCUUUUUGGCGCGGUAAUCAAGUAACCGUCAUUCGAUAUUUCCCAACUCAGGCUUUCAAUUUUGCUUUCAAAGGUUACUUCAAAAGUCUAUUUGGCCGGUCAAAGGAGAGAGAUGGGUAUACCAAGUGGUUUAUCGGCAAUAUUGCUUCCGGGAGUGCUGCUGGAGCUACCACUUCGUUGUUUCUAUAUCACAUGGAUUAUGCGCGUACGCGUUUAGCAAUGGAUUCAGCAGGUAUUUCAGCCGAUAAAAAACGACAGUUUAACGGGCUGUUCGAUGUGUACCGUAAGACCCUUGAAACCGAUGGCAUUAGAGGGUUGUACCGUGGAUUUACGGUUUCAAUCGUGGGAAUUACUAUGUACAGAGGGAUGUACUUUGGGUUAUACGACAGCUUGAAACCUACCGUCUUAAUUGGACCGUUUAAGGACAAUUUUGUUGCUAGUUUUUUCUUGGGUUGGAGUGUGACAACGUUUUCUGGGUUUUGUGCAUACCCGUUUGACACACUUAGGCGAAGAAUGAUGAUGACUUCUGGUGAACCGAUAAAGUACCGCAAUGGUAUACAUGCGUUGUGCGACAUUAUACGUGUCGAGGGAUUCUGGGCGUUAUACAGAGGGGUUACUGCAAACAUGCUUGUCGGUGUAGCUGGGGCUGGUGUUCUUGCGGGGUAUGAUAAACUGUGUCGAAUUACAUACAAGUCUUGAUACUGAUGUUGACUUCUGGUCAAUAACCAACUUCUGUAUUUUUGUUUACUGAAAAGUUGUUUUGAAAGAUGGAAAAAAUACACACCAUAUUGAAGUUGAAAUGCCAUUGAAAAAGAAAUGAUUCUUGCA